AUGGCAGGUCGGGGCUCUGGGUACUACACGACCCAGCCUCGCCCGGAAAUGUUCCAAUCUCAGUCCUCGCAACUCCCGCCACCCAGCCAGCUCCACCAGCUCGCCUCCAGCUCCUCCUUCCAGCGCGAGAAUCAGCUGGCUCCCAUCUCGUCCUCUAACCGCUUCCCGCCCGCGAGCUACCACCCGAGCCUAUCUUCCCAGGGUCUCCCGCCCAUCGCAUCCUCCUCAUCGGCCUCGUCCUCCGCCCAGCCUUGGCAGACACACCGGACAUCCUCGUCUCGUGACGACCGCUAUCCCUCGCCCUCCGAUCGCGACAUGCCUCUCGCGCCUUCCACUCCCGCGCCCCAGCCACCACAACCAGAACGGCGCGACAGCCAGACAGAAAAGGGUGGCAAUGGCGAAGAGAACCUGCCCUCGACGUCGGAUUUUGUCAAGAAACUCUACAAGAUGCUCGAGGACCAGUCCUUCCAGCACGUCGUCUCAUGGGGCCCUCACGGCGACUGCUUCGUCGUAAAGGACAUGAACGAGUUUACGAAGAGCAUCCUCCCCCGGAUGUUCAAGCACUCAAACUUCGCCUCCUUCGUUCGUCAACUAAAUAAGUACGACUUCCACAAAGUUAAGAACACGGACGACAACGCUUUUGGUGAACAUAGUUGGACGUUCCGCCAUCCCGAUUUCCACGCCGACCGCCGUGAUGCGCUAGAAAACAUCAAGCGCAAAGUCCCCGCCGCACGCAAGUCCGGUCGCGGCUCCACCGCAGCGGUCAACGCCCGCGGUUCGACGCCCCCACCAUCGGGUAGCGGCGAGGGCCUGCAAGCGCAAGUUGAGCGCCUCCUGGCGAUGCAGGACGAAAUGGCGUCCCACAUCCGCACGCUCGAGGCCAACUACCAGGGCGUGGUCAACCAGAUGAUCAUCUUCCAGCAAGAUAUGGCCCGCCAAGACCACAUCAGCAAGAUGCUCAUCACCUGCUACGUGAACCAGAAUAACGGCGGAGACAACGCCGCGAAGACGCCGGGUCAGGACGGCGCAGAGGCGCCGCCCCAGUUCGACGCCGCCGAAGCGCAGGCGGCGUUCCUCGCGCGCGGGGCUGGACAGCUGCCCAUGGUUGCGCCCGACGCAGACGUAGCCCGCGCAAGCUUCUUACAGAUGAACGAGAUCUCACGACGGGCUGCUGCCGAGGGCCUAAGCUUCGCCCCCGACGCGCAGCCCGAAGCCAGUGGGAGCGGUCAAGCCCAGCAACAAGCUCAAGCGGCGCAAGCUCAAGCUCAGCAGCAGCAAGCGCAACAACAGCAACAGCAAGCGCAGCAGCAAGCUCAGCGCAGUCAACAGCAGCAGCAGCAGCAGCAGCAAAAUCAAGAGUCUCGUCCGCCACCACCGCCUCGGCCACCGUCGAGUGCUAGAGACAUCUACGCUACAGCCGCUUCUCUCCUUGCACCUCAGCCGAGUGACCUUCCCGAGCGCCCGCUUUCACGCCAGGAGACGCUUGAGCGCUUACAGGAGCUACACGCCAAUGCGACGCGGGAGGGCGCUGCGAAUGGGUCAGAGACGUUCGUGCUCCCCGGUCCUACCGCUGGUCUCGAUCCCGGCGUAUCCGGGCUCGAUCUCGCGCACUACGGCGCGAACAUGCACGAGGGGCUACAAGUCUACACGCUCGGCCAGCUACUUCCUCGCUCAGCUGACGACUCCGGCGCCGACUGGGCGUUCGACCCCACCACUCUCCCGCUCACGAACCUUGGCGCGGACCUCUUCGGUGGAGGAUUCGAGAACGCGCCGAUACAGGGGCAGUGGCAGAGCGCGGUGCCGCCUCCUAGACCGCAGAGCAGCCAGAGCCUGCGUGUGCGCAGGAGCACGUAUGUGCCGGGAUGGAGUGUGCCGCCGAGGGUGUUGCUCGUCGAGGACGACGUGGUCAGCAGGAGGAUCAGCGGGAAGUUCUUGCAGGUGUUUGGAGUGUCGUUCGAUAUCGCGGUCGAUGGGCUCGACGCGAUUCAGAGGUUGAACCUGAACAAGUACGAUUUGGUGCUCAUGGAUAUUGUGAUGCCCAAAUUGGACGGUGUGACGGCUACGAGCAUCAUCCGACAGAGCGACCGCGACACUCCCAUCAUCAGUAUGACGUCCAACAGCAAACCCCACGACCUCCUCAUGUACCACAACUCCGGCAUGACCGCCCACUUGCCCAAACCGUUCACCAAGACCGGCCUACUCUCCGUCCUGGAGAAGUACAUCAUGAACUUCCAGGAGAUGCGCCAGCUUGGCGCACCGGGGUUGCCGCCUGCACUCGGUCCCGCUGCUACGAUUGAGGAGCAAGAUGAUGGAGAGACCGUUCCGGGGAGUGGGCAGUUGGCAGGGACGAGCGCGCAGGCGGGCUAUGACGGCGCGAGCGGGAUGAACGGCGAGGCCGUCGGAUAUAUGAGCGGUGGAAUGACGGGGGAGAAACGCGCGAGGGAAGAUGACAUCGAGCGGGACAGCAAACGCGGGAGGUUCGAGAUCGUCGAAUAA